AACCACGAACCCUCUCGUAGCCGCCCUCGUUUGUUUCCCCACCCUCUCCCCGCCGCAUCGACGCUGCAACCGAAACGCGUCGCGCCGCGCCCGGCUCCAUUUCGAACCCAAAAUUUUCAGCCGUCCCGGAAAAAUUAGCUUUCCCUCCUCGCCUCCGCCCAACCCAACAAAUCGCCUCCCCAUUUUGCUCCCACGCCGUCUCGAUUAGUCUCGCCAAUCCCCAACCAAACCGACUUUCCUCCCCCAAAAUCCCAGGUCUCCCGCCCUCACGCCCGCACCAACCGGCCGGCCACCUACCCCGCGCGAAACCCUAAUCGGCGGCCGCCUCCCUCUCCAUCCCAUGGCGGAGCAGGACGGCGCCGCGGGGCAGAGCCCACCCGUCUCCAUUCUGGGGGUCGGUGCUGAAAAUGGGGGUGAGAAUACUGAGCAGCACCAACCAUUUUUCUCCAUGUGCCAGCCGCUUCGCUCUGUUAGCUAUUCAAAAUCGUGGGAAGGCAUUUGUGCUCCUGCUUCCAAUGACCAUGAUCACAAUAGUAGCCUGAAUCCAAUGGUUGAUGAACCCAUGCUGAUUGCAUCCUUUUCUCCUGAAAACAAACAAACUCAACCUGAGAGCAUAUCUGAUCCAGUAGAUAAGGAAGUCACUUUGGUGCAAGAUGCAAUGGAGAUGGACCAAUCAAUGGAUGACUUUGGUGUGCCAGAUGGGGAAACAAAUGAGCAGGCAGAACCUAUUAGCUCAGAGCAGCCGAGUUCAAACAUUGGUAUCGAACCUUGUGACACAGAAGAUAAGCAAUUUCCUUUUUCAUUUUCUUAUAGAAGGCAACCCCAAUCUGUGGGAGCUGGUCUUAGCAAUAUGGGGAACACAUGCUUCCUAAAUGCAACUCUUCAGUGCAUCACUCAUACAGUCCCACUUUUUCUUAAGCUUUGCUCAACUGAUCAUUCCACUCCAUGCUCAUAUAACAAAGAUGGGUUCUGUUCUUUAUGUGCCCUUAAAGAGCAUGUUGACGAAUCCGUUCGAAGGUCUGGAUCUGUUAUAAUGCCAGCGAAGUUCAGAGAUAAUUUAAGAAAGUUAUCUUCAGAUUUUAGGCCAGGACAGCAAGAAGAUGCACAUGAGUUCCUACGUUGCUUGCUGGAUAACUUGCAUAAGUGCACCCUUGAUCCCGGGUCAGAGGGCAAGUCCUCAUCUUUUGAUGAAGAAAGUAUGGUUAAGCAAGUUUUUGGAGGCCAACUGAAAAGCCAGUUGUCUUGCUGCGAGUGUGGUCACAGCUCAGAGACGUUUGAGCCCUUCCUGGAUCUGAGCUUGGAGAUUGAUCAGGUUGAUCACCUUGUAGAUGCUUUGGAAUCUUUUACCAAGGUAGAGCAGAUUGGGGACUCUGAAGACAAGCUCACUUGCGAGCAUUGCAACGCUCAAGUUUGUAAGAACAAGCAGCUUACGCUUGAUAAAGCACCGGAUGUCAUUGCAAUUCAACUCAAGCGUUUCACCACCCUUGAGAAUACCAUUGAGAAGAUUGACAAACAUGUGGUGUACUCACCAGAGCUUGAUUUGAAACCAUUCCACAGCAACCCAGACACUGCGGGGGAGCUGAAAUAUGAUCUUUAUGGUGUUGUUGAGCAUUCGGGCUUACCUAACUAUGGCCAUUAUGUCUGUGCAAUUCGUUCGUCACCAAACACUUGGCACUUGAUGAAUGACUCUCAUGUUGAUUCUAUUACUGAGGCAAGUGCACUAAACCAGGAAGCAUAUAUUCUCUUCUAUGUUAGGCAGGGAAAAUUCCCGUGGUUCUCCAGUUUGCUAGAGGGCAAGGAUGCCCUACAUGCCAAGAACGCUCGUGGUGCAUCUCCUGUGUCAGUUUUGGAGAACAUUGAUGCAAAUUGUUCAACAUCUUCUGGUGAAGUUAGUAGCAGUUGUUCAGGUGAUAAGUUAGAGAAACAGGAAACCAGCCAGUGCAACGAAUUAGAGAAAGAUGAAACCAGUGAAUACAAAGCAUCAUUCCUUCCUGAGGAGCCAUCUAAGAGAAGUCUACUUGAUGCUUCCAACGUCAAUAAUAUGAAAGAUGAAAUCAGCCUAUGCAGAGCAUCUCUCCAAGAUGAUGCCUCUGUUAGAUGUCCCAGUACUGUUGAAACUACCAAUCUGGAUAGACCCUCUACUCCUCCACGCCACAAGCGACUGUUCUCUGAUAAUGAUCUUGGUGUGUUUGAGUUUGAGGACUUCGAUGAUGAGGAAACUCCUUUGCUUCCGGAACUGGAAGUGAAAUUUAAAUCGAAGGUGAAGAAAGCUAAGGCUGCAUCUGCAUCUAAAGCUAUGAAGGGCCCUUGUGUUGAUUCGAAUGCAACACGUUUGAUGAGGGGCAUGCCAGCCUCACGAAGAAAAGGUUUCCUGGACUGCAUGCUCACACAGCACAAUGCAAAGCAGGAUUCUCGCAGAUGCCCCGCAAGUGACCCUGUGGACAAAAAGAAAAGGAAGUUGGUUCUUCAAUACUAGGUAUUUUCAAGCAAAGUUUGAGCGCCAAAAAUCUAGUAUUGCUGUAUAUCCUAUUUCUUUUUUGCGACUCAUGCUGUAUAUCUUUGUUUGGCAUCCAUGCCACCUCCACUCCCUGCUAAUCUAAUUCUGCUGUCAUAGCCUUUAUGGCUGGCUAGAUUGAUUUCAGGGUACAUUAGGGCUUAAGAGUUAGUUAAUCUAGCUUCUAUUUUUGCUUCCUUUUGAUGUGUCAUCGCACGACUAUGGUAUAUGGGAUUCGCACCUGUACCAACUGUCCAUUUUGUUUAGUAGGUAGCAUACUUUGAUGGAACAGUGCUUAUCCUGUAUAGAACCAACCAGCGAAAAGAAAUCAAAUCUAUUUUUGUGCUGA